AUGGCAUGCAACAAGGUGGAUGAGCUGCUGGUAGCAGAAAGGACGACCUCAGCGGCCUCCUCGACGACGAUGGUUGGUGGCAAGUUCGGCGCCGUCGUCAAGGCGCGGUGCCGCGCCAUCGGCCAGCUCGUCGCCAUUAAGUCCCUCCACGACCCCGUCGACCCCCACGAGGUGCUUGGGGAGGCCCGCUUCCUCGAGGCCUGCGGCGGCCAACCGCACAUCGUCGGCUUCCGCGGCGUCACGCUCGACUACGUGACCGACGAGCUCUGCCUCGUCAUGGACUACGUCGAGGGCAAGAGCCUCAAAGUUCUCCUGAGCGAGAGGGGCGGCGGGCUCCCGGAGGCCACGGUGUGCACCUUCAUGUGGCAGCUCCUCACGGCCGCCAAGAAGAUGCACCGGUGUCACAUCGUCCACCGCGACAUCAAUCCUGCCAACAUCCUCGUCGGAGGGGACGAAGCCGGAGGAUUCGUCAAGAUCUGCGAUUUUGGCGUCGCCAUGUCCAUGUCGGAGGCGCCGCCGUACGAGGAGGAGGUUGGCAUGGGCGAGUACCGGGCGCCCGAGAUGCUCCUUGGAAAAGAGGACUACGACGCGCUCGUCGACACAUGGUCUCUUGGGCGCGUCAUGGCGGAGAUGCUCUCGGGCAAGAGGAUUUUCCGGGCCGCCGAAUUCAUAUCUCUGUUCCAAAGGAUCUACGAAGUGGUGGGCGUGCCGGACGACACGACGUGGCCGGGGUUCACGUCGCUGCCGCACGCCGCCCCGCCGCCGCUGGUGCCGGGGCAGAAGAGCACGCUGCGAGAUCUGUUCCCGGAGGAGACACUGUCCACGGAGGGAUUCAAGGUCCUCAACGGUCUUCUUACAUGCAACCCCGACAAGCGGCUGAAGGCGGCCACCGCGCUGAAGCUCCCGUGGUUCGCCACCGCUGCUGCAAACGCCCACCCUUCUGCUCCUACUGCUGCUGCAAAGAUCGACACGAUGGCAGUGUCCAUAAAGGAGGAAGUGGUGGAGUUCGCUCCGUUGAUGCCUCCCAGAAGAGAGUCACGGCCAAGAAGAUGUUGA